AUAGACUUCUGUCUUCAUUUAAAUUCUUACUCGCGUGCCAGGCCCGCGAAACCUGCCGGCGGGCAUAUAUAAGCUGGGGUCUUGUGACCACCGCGCGCAGAGCACGGUACCUUGUGAGAGGAAAUCCCAUCCUGCGAGUUUUUCUCAGUGUCGAUUGUCGUCUGAUUAUUCAGUUAAAUACACCCAAAGGCUCUUUUAAGAGCCCAGCACAGAACGUUUUUGGCUUUUGUCAAUUGUCGUCUGAUUAUUCAGUUAAAUACACCCAAAAGCUCUUUUAAGAGCCCAGCACAGAACGUUUUUGGCUUUCAGCUACGCAAGUCAUCUUAGACUUUCAGUCUCUUGACCCAUCAGUGCCAAAGCUUCAGCAAGCACUGUGUGCUCAGCUGCUCUGGUCUCCAUAGUUCAGGGAAAGAUGGACACAAAAAAAUAUGCAGUGGUGGAAUUUACAGAGGACAGUGCAGUGGAACUAGUCCCAACCUCGUGGUUGGAAGAGACCAAAGAGGGAACGUUCUGUUACUGGACAUUUGGAAACAUAAGGCAGCUUGUAAAAAACUGCACAAUGCCAGACAAAGGAAAGUGGAGGCGGUGUCUAAUAAAAAAAAUCUGGCUAAGAACAGACUCAUACACCAAAGGUGUCCAGAAAUGCCGGCGUGUUGUGGAGACCUCAAAUAUUGAAACAGAGGAAAGCUCCACAACGGAAAAAAAGAGGGCACACAAAAAGCCAACAAGAUAUCUGUCUGAAACAGAUUCCUCCUCAGAUGAUGAUAGCAGAGUUUUCCCAACUGAGAAUAAAACCCUUUCAAAACCUCUUCCACCCAAAUAUAAGCCAUUCUCCAAUUUUCAGCCUCUGGACAAUGCAGAAGCAUCACCGCCAGCAUCCCGGCUAUCGUGUAUGGCACAACCCCUUCAAGCUGCCUCACAGCUCCUCUUAGAAGAGCCCCAGUGUUCUUCAGAAGCAGCAACAAAGAACUAUCGCACAAAAGUCUUGCAAAAACUGCAAGACAUUGCAGAAACCCAGCAAGACAUCUUAGCGAUGCAAAGAAGCAUACUGGCUGCUGUUGCUGGGACGGUGACAGUGACUGAGGAAGGGGGGGACAUCCUGGAAAAUGGACCAUGCCAGACUGUGGAUGAGCUGGAUACACUAAACACAGAACUGGGAAAUAAGGACAAAAGGACCAAGCUGAUGAACUACCUUCGAUCGCUUGGAGGAACAAAUUCAGGGGCAGCCGUGCGCAAAAUGUUGCGCAAGGUUGCAUCAAACAACGUCUUGAGUGCCUACAGUUUAAAAGGGAAAAAAGGGAAACUAGCCUUCAAAGACUUAAUUAUCUGUGAUAUAAUUAUAGGAGCAACGCAAAAGCUUUUUAGGUCUUUAAAGGCAGCUGACGUGGAAGACCUUAUUUCAAUGGUGCUAAAAUUUGCCCCACACAGGCAUUUAAAAUGAUGAUGGGGAAUUGAAGAUGUGUGGUGAAAUAUUUUUUGCAUAUUUCAUUAUAUGAUGUGUAAAUAUGUUGUUUAAAUUAACAUGUGGCUUUCUCAUGAUGUAUUUGAUAAUAAUUAGUAUACGAUAAUAUAGCCCAUUUAUUAAAUUAUUAUAACUCUAAGUUUUAUUAUAUUCAUGUUCAUGAUUAUUACGUUCAAUUUUGUAUUUGUUGUUUAAAAUAUGUUCAUGGUUUAUGUAUAUAGAUUAUAGAGAUUGUUUCUGUAAAUACAAAUUAUAUUUCUUUUAAUAAUAUUACUAUUCAUGGUUCUUACGAUUCUUAUGUUUUCUGAACAAUAAGCAACGACUAUAGUUUCUCGUGAUAUAUUUGAUAAUAAUUAGCAUAUGAUAUAUGACCUGUUUACAUUUAUUAAAUUAUUAUAAUCUCUUAAAGUUUUAGAAUUUUCAUGUUCAUGAUUGUUACGUUCAAUUUUGUAUUUGUUGUUUAAAAUAUGUUCAUGGUUUAUGUAUAUAGAUUAUAGAGAUUGUUUCUGUAAAUACAAAUUAUAUUUCUUUUAAUAAUAUUACUAUUCAUGGUUCUUACAAUUCUUAUGUUUUCUGAACAAUAAGCAAUUACUAUAGUUUCUCAUAUUUGAUAAAACUUAUUUUAAUAAUAUUACUAUUCAUGGUUCAAACAAUUAUUAUGUUUUCUGGACAAUAAGCAAUGACUAUAGUUUCUCAUAUUCGAUAAUAAUUAUUUUAAUAAUAUUAUUCAUGGUUCAAACAAUUCUUAUGUUUUCUGAACAAUAAGCAAUGACUAUAGUUUCUCGUGAUAUAUUUGAUAAUAAUUAGCAUAUGAUAUAUGAACUGUUAACAUUUAUUAAAUUAUUAUGAUUCUUAAAGUUUUAGAAUUUUCAUGUUCAUGGUUAUUAAUGUUUUCAAUGGAAUUGUAUGAUAUGUGUUGUUUAAAAAAAAUAUGUAUAUGACUUAUUUAUAGAUUGUUUCUGUAAAUGAAAUUUAUUGUAAUAAUAUAUUCGUAUGAUUCUUUUAUUUUUGAGCAAUAAACUAAGUAGACUAUU